GCUGCGUCGCCUCCCCAGACAGGGGACAGAAGGGCGAUGGCCGGCGGUCCUUGGCAAACAGACUGCGUGGAGCGGCCCCUGUCCCGCGCGCUGCGCGGCCUGGGCGGCUUGGUGGGCGCCCACCCGUGGCCCUUCCUGCUGCUUCCCGUGGCGCUCUCGGCCGCGCUGGGCUCCGGCUUCCACCUGCUGCCCAGCCGCGAGUCCAACGACAUCGAGGCGCAGUUCACGCCCCGCUGGGGGCAGGCCAAGAUCGAGCGCAGCAUGGUCCGGGAGCGCUUCCGGACGCGCGACGCCGAGCGCUUCUCGGCGCAGAGGCUGACCACCGAGGGCACCUUCGCCUCCUUCGUGGCUGUGGCCGCCGCCCCUAAUCACACGCUGCUCACCCGGGCGGCCUUCGCCGAGCUGCUGGUGCUCGACGCGGCCGUGCGGGGCUUCAGCGCCGGUGGGCGCGGCUAUGCCGAGGUCUGCGCGCUCCAGAACGGCUCCUGCAGCAGCCCCAACCCGCUGCUGAGCGCCGUCGGCGGCGACCCGGCGCGGAUCGAGGCGCUGUUGCCCGGCCUCACCUUCCCGCUCUGGCAAGGGCGCGUCCUCCUGGGCUUCUUUUUGGGAGGCGUCUCGGUGGGGCCAGGAGCGGCAGACAACCGGAGCCGCCCCCUCCAGGCCGCCGAAGCUCUGCGCCUCGUCUAUUACUUGCAAGAAGAUGCCCCUGCGCCGCGAGAGGCCAGCUUGCUGUGGCUGAAGUCCUUCCAGGAGCGCAUCCCCGACCUGCUGGACUCCUUGGGCCUCGCCUCGGUGCGGGUAUCAUAUUUUACUUCACUAUCCAGGCAGGAAGAGCUUGAAAAAAAUUUCAAGACAGUGAUCCCUUUGUUUUCCAUCACAUAUACUUUAACAAUAUUCUUUUCGAUUAUGUCAUGUUCAAGGCUAGACUGCGUACGGACAAAAGUGUGGGCUGCAGCAUUCGGGGUGCUGUCAUCGGGCUUGGCCAUACUCAGCAGCUUUGGAUUAUUGCUGUAUUGUGGGGUACCUUUUGUCAUCACAGCUGCAAAUGCUCCAUUUCUCAUACUUGGGAUUGGUGUUGAUGACAUGUUCAUCAUGGUGUCCCGCUGGCAACAGACUAAAGUCAAGGACACAGUUGUGGAUCGGAUGGCUAACACCUACGCAGAGGCCGCUGUGUCUGUUACCAUCACAACUCUUACCGAUGUUUUAGCCUUCUACAUUGGCAUUGCAACAGCCUUCCCAUCCAUUCAGUCAUUUUGCAUCUACACAGGAACAGCCUUUAUCUUCUGCUACAUAUACAACUUGACAUUCUUUGGGGCAGCUCUUGCUCUAAACGGUAGAAGAGAAGAAAGCAACAGACAUUGGCUCACAUUCAUGAAAGUGCCAAGAGAAGCUGAAGAGUCUUGUGGCUCUUCAUACAACAUGUGCUGUGUUGGAGGGUCUUACAAUGAUCUCACUGGGGCAGAGUUUGACCAUCCUAUGAAUGAAUUCUUUAGAAAUUAUUUUGGCCCUUUUCUUAUGCACCCCUGGACCAAGGUGUCUGUGGUAGUCCUAUAUCUUGGGUACCUAAGUAGCAGCAUUUAUGGGUGCACUCAGGUUAAGGAAGGAAUAGAUCUUCGGAAUCUAGCCAGUGAUCAUUCUUAUGUCAUUCAGUAUUACGACUGGACAGAUGAGUAUUUUAAAGAAUAUGGUCCAAGAGUUAUGGUGGUGGUUACUGAAAGCGUAGAAUAUUGGGAUUCAUCUGUACGUGCAGAUCUUGAGGGUUGCAUGGAGUUGCUAGAAAACUCAGUGUAUGUGGACAAGCAUUUAUCAGAGUCAUGGCUGAGAAUUUAUGAAGGAAUUGCUGCCAGGAUGUCUGUAAAUAUAGAUGACCCUAACACUUUUAUUGGCAAUUUACCUGCCCUGUUUAGCAUAAAUCCUGAGUCCCAGCUGGAUCUUCAAAUAUCAGCUACGCGUUUUUUCAUACAGACGGUCAAUGUUAUUACUGCAGUCGAUGACAGAAAUCUUUUAGAACAACUGAGAGGCCUUGCAGCAGACUGUAAGAUUCCACUAAUAGUUUAUCAUCCAGCUUUUAUAUAUUUUGAUCAAUUCCUAGUGAUAGCUCAGAACACUAUUCAAAAUGUUCUGAUUGCUGCUGGAGCCAUGUUACUUAUUUCCUUGCUCCUCAUUCCCAAUCCUGUGUGCUCAUUGUGGGUAACUUUCACUAUUGCGUCUGUUAUUAUUGGUGUGACUGGCUUCAUGGCCUAUUGGAAUGUCAAUCUUGACUCCAUAUCUAUGAUCAUUCUUGUUAUUUGCAUAGGGUUUUCAGUAGACUUUUCCGCUCAUAUUUCUUAUGCCUUUGUUAGCAGCAAGCAGCAGAGCGUGAAUGACAAGGCAGUGGAUGCUCUGUACCGUCUUGGUUACCCCAUCGUCCAGGGAGCUGUUUCCACCAUUGUGGGAGUAGCGGUGCUCUCUGUGGCAGCCACGUACAUUUUCAGAACAUUUUUUAAGAUUAUGUUCUUGGUUAUUUUCUUUGGAGCUAUUCACGGUCUCAUUUUUAUUCCUGUGUUUUUAACCUUCUUUGGUGUGUGCCGUAGAUUGCCUGACCAAGAAGAUCCUGGGGUCCUGUAAAGACUUGCGUGUACAUUAUGCUACUUCUUAACCAAAGGAAUAUGCUAUCCUACCUCCAGUCCUCUUGCCAUCAUGGCUUAGUUUGAUUGAAAUGUAGUUGUGCUCUGGAAUAUGGAAUUUUUGCAUAUCCUAGAAGCCUGAAAACUAAGUGCAUUCUUGCUUCUUAAGACCUAUUCUAUGCAUUUGUUCAACUAACAUGGUGUGUGGUAUAGAUUGUUCAAGUCAGAACACUUUUGAUAUUAUUGCUGUGUGUUUAAAUCUUUGGAGAAACACUAACCUGUUGUAGCAAUAGAAGUAUUUUUAUCACCUGGGAGGUUUUUUUUCCAAAUUACAAAGCAGACUGUAUUGAAUCUCAGUAAAUCCAUAAACCAGAUUUUUCCUCAUCCAUCCCAGUUUUAAGAUUGGGUGGCACAGCCAUGAGAUGAGGCAUAAUCGCAGCCAAAACUUAACCUCACCUAAGAAAACUUGAGUUUAUGCUGGCAUUUCAAGGGUCUCACUCCAGCAUUGCAGAGAGAUGCAUUUAUACAAAUGCUUAGAUUGGAAGUCAGAAAGAUGGACAUCUGGUCAGUCCUGCAGAUUUUGUCGUCUACCUCAUUGGGUUAUAACUGUAUCACUGUUAUUAUUUCUGACAUUCUUUAUUCAGCAGGUGUAAUCAUAUACAUGCCCUGACUUGGAUAGCCCACAUGAGCCUGUUAUCAUAUCUCAGAAGCUAAUUAGGGUCAGCAUUGGUCAGUCAUUGGAUGGGAGACCUCCAAUGAAGACCAGGGUUGGAAAGGCAAUCAAUGGCAAACCACCUCUGUUAGUCUGUUGCCAUUGAAAAUCCCACCAGGGAUUGCUGUAACUCAGAUAUAUCUUGAGGGUACUCUCUACCACCGAUCAUAUACAUAGUCCUAUUGAAUUCUGUGGGGAAAUUCGUAAAAUGGUGCUGCAAGAUUCAUGGCUGUGUAAUUUAGAAAUAAUAAUUUACAAAUAAUUUAAUUUAUAAU